CUGCGCUACGAGCAGGAGCGGAGAUCUGCCAUGAGGAGACCUUAUGAUCCUGACAGCAGGCGGGAUGAGCCCUACUGGCCCGAGGCCAAGCGGCUGGCGCUGGAGGAUCGCUACCACUCGGACUUCGGCCGCCAGGAUCGCUUCCACGACUUCGACCACCGCGACCGCGGCCGCUACCAGGAGCACUGCUUGGACAGGAGAGACUGUACAAGGGGAAUUCCAGAUCGAGAUGGGCAGGUGUGUUGCAACAAAAUUACUGCUUCAGUUAAAAGCCAAAACAAGCUGACCCCAAAGCAGAAAUGA